AUGGAGGGCACUUCCAUACCCGUAUUCUUCUUUACUCUUUUAUUCUUGCUGCUAUCAUCAGAUUGUGCUUCACUACAUAACUUAUCUGCAAAUCAAGCAAUCAAAGAUGGUGAAACCAUUGUUUCUGAUGGUGAGAUGUUUGAAUUGGGCUUUUUCAGUCCUGGAAGAUCCACCAAUCGGUACGUGGGUAUAUGGUACAAGAAGAUAUCAACUCAAACUGUUGUAUGGGUUGCUAACAGGGAGACACCCAUUACUGAUACAUCAGGCAUGUUCAAAGUUAGUAGAGAGGGAAACCUGCUGGUUACCGGUGGUGGCGAUGCUGUAAUCUGGUCAUCCAAUUCCACACUAUCUGCCAGGAAUCUUAAUCCGGUGGUGCAGCUUCUUGAUACCGGAAAUCUUGUUCUGUGGGAUGAAAGUAGCACCAAAGAAAAUCCCGUCUGGCAAAGUUUCGAUUACCCAAGUGACAAUUUGCUACCAGGAAUAAAAUUCGGGAAGGAUUUGGUAACGGGUAGAGAAAGGUAUUUGACAUCUUGGAAGAGUCCUGAUGAUCCUUCUAUAGGUUUGUAUAGUGAUCGGGUAGACACAAAUGGAUAUCCGCAGUUAAUUGGGUGGCGAGGUCAAGUUAUGCUAUCAAGACUUGGCCCAUGGAAUGGUCUAGGCUUUAGUGGAUUUCCUUCUGACAUACCGAAUCCAUUUUACUCUGUAGAGUUUGUUAUUAAUGAGAAGGAAAUAUAUCAUAAAUUCGAACUUACAAGUACAGUUGUUCAAAGGGUGUUUUUGACAUGGGACGGCAAGACAUUGCACAUGCAUUGGCUGGAGAGAACCCAAGAGUGGGCUGUGUAUCAAGAUAUGGCAGUUGAUGGUUGUGGUCGUUUUGCACUCUGUGGUCCUUAUGGAAUGUGUAGCAGCCUUAAGCAUCCGCCCUGUAGUUGUAUGGAAGGUUUUGAACCAAGACAUCUAAAGCAAUGGAAAGUAUCAGAUUGGUCAAGUGGGUGUCGACCCAAAAAGCCUUUUAAUUGUGGGAUUGGGGAUGGGUUUCAGAAAUUUAAAGGAGUGAAGCUUCCUGACACAGGACGGUCAUGGUAUAAUGUGAGCAUGACCCUGGCAGAAUGUGAGGUGGCCUGCAGAAGGAAGUGCUCUUGUACAGCUUACACGAAUUUAGACAUCAGAAAAGGCGGAAGUGGAUGUUUGCUAUGGUUUGAAGCGCUGAUGGAUAUCAGAGAGUAUGAAACCGGUCAAGAUCUUUAUGUAAGAGUGGCAGCCUCUGAGUUAAAAGAUUAUAUGGUCUACAACAGAAGGCAAGGAGUACUCAUCAUCAUCCUGCCAAUUUCGUUAGCUCUGCUGCUUCUUUCUGCACUAGCCUAUGCCCAUAGAAUAAGAAAGAAAACACCUCUCAAGAAAGGACAAGGAAACCGGGAAUCUGGCCUUGACAAAAAGAAUUCAAGUAUGCAGAUGGAACAUCUUGAUGAUUUACCCUUUUUUAGCCUAUAUAAAGUAGCCGCGGCCACAGAUAACUUCAGUUCAUCCAAUAAGAUUGGAGAAGGUGGCUUUGGUCCAGUUUAUAAGGGUGUGUUGGAGGAUGGAAGAGAAGUAGCUGUAAAGCGACUGUCAGAAACAUCUCAACAAGGGUUUGAUGAAUUCAAGAACGAAGCCGUUUGUAUUGCCAAGCUUCAACAUCGGAAUCUUGUGAAGCUUCUUGGGUAUUGCAUUAAUGACAAUGAAAUGAUGUUGAUUUAUGAGUAUAUGGCUAACAAAAGCUUAGACUCAUUUCUUUUCGAUGAAGGAAGAAGUUCAAUGCUUGAUUGGCCUCAACGCUUUCGUAUCAUACAUGGCACGGCUCGAGGUAUUCUUUAUCUACAUCAAGAUUCCCGCCUCCAAAUCAUCCACAGAGACCUCAAGGCUGCUAAUAUUUUGCUGGACAGUGACAUGAAUCCAAAAAUAUCCGACUUCGGCCUUGCUAGAAAGUUUGUAGGAAAUGAUACAUCUGAUAAGACAAAGAAAGUGGUCGGAACAUAUGGCUACAUUUCUCCUGAGUAUGCAGUACACGGGCGUUUCUCUAUAAAGUCAGAUGUAUUUAGCUUCGGCGUUCUAGUGUUGGAGAUUGUUAGUGGGAUGAAAAACAGAGAAUUCUCUCAUGAAGAUCAUAGGGAUAACCUUCUUGGACAUGCAUGGAGACUCUAUAAAGAAGACAAGUCGAUGGAACUUAUCAGUGAAUCUAUACGCACAUCUUGUGUCAUCCCAGAAGUACUACGAUCGAUACAUGUUGCGUUACUAUGUGUGCAACAUCAUGCAGAAGACAGGCCAACUAUGUUGUCAGUGGUUUUGAUGUUGGUUAGCGACAGCGCAUUGCCUCCACCUAAACAACCAGCUUUUUUCACCGAAGAGAAUUCUCGUGAACUUGACCCUGUUUCAUCAGUCGAUGAAUACAUGAUAACACUCUUGUAUGCUCGAUAGCGAGCAUAUGUUUCAGAGAUGAUCAUCACACUGGUCAAGUUUUGCAUUCGAAUCUAAGCAACUUCAUCGGUUAUGCAUGAUGCUUUGUUAAGUAUGUUGAAAUAGAUUCUUGCAUGUAAAGUUUAACUGUAGACUUCUGCUUCAUUGUGUUUGACUAGUUGUUUACAAAUACAACAAGAAGCAAUAUUUU